AUGGAAACAUCAGUAGGGGCGUGGGCUGCUGAGGAUCGCAAGAAGCCCCCACAAGUGGAUCAGGCAGUGAAGCAUGGGGGGGGCGGCCCUGGAGCCCUGCUGGGGUGGCAAGUUCCCCACAGUCAUCCCAGGGACCUGCUGAAGUCCCAGGAGAAGACCCAGAGCAUCCAGGGUCCCAUGGGCGAGGUGACCGACGGCGACUGCACGCUCCGGGCCCUGCCUAUCUCGCCGCGCAGACAGGCUGAGCCUCUGGAGCAGCAGGUGCGGCAGGAAGAAGCCUCUCGGCUUCCUUCCAGGCGAGCGUCUAGCGGGGAGCCCCUCACCCCCAGCGCCGUGGCCGUGGACCGGAGCGCCAAGGGGCGUCCCCACUGCGGACCCGUGUCCCCCCUCGGCUUCCAGCGCCCCCAGUCCGUGUCCUUUCGGGCUAAGACCCGCCCAGGCCCGACGGCCUUACCCCAGCGCAGAGACCCAGCCAGACCCGGACCGCUCCUCCGGCUGGGGGCGCUACGCCCGGUGCCAGCGCAAGGCCGGGAAAGCCCUCUGCGUCGGCCGGGGGUCCUGGCCACCCGCACCCCAUCGCGACGAGUCGGCUUUACGUCUCCACUUCGAGACUUUUCAUUGUUUCCCACUGUGGUCUGGGCGGACGGCGAGGUAGCGAUCGCGCCCCGAUUCUUCCUUGGCCAGGAGUCAAAGCACGGCGCCUGCGCCCGGGACCGCCUCCCCCCCGGCACUCGCGCCCCUCACAUUCCCGACCCUAACGUUAAAUCCUGGGAAGGCAACCGCUUGAAGCCGCAACCUCUCGCCCAGAGGGUCGGGAUGCGGGGAGCGCGCCGACGGGGAGGGGAGUCGGGGCCCCGCUCUGCGUUCACCCCGACUUUGAUCGCCCCAACCUCGACCGUUCGGCGCCGCUCGCCCUGCUUGGCUACGGCAGGCGGAGGGCGAGAAGCCGCGGAGUCCGCCCUUGCCGCGGUGCCCACGCCGCCGCGCCGGGCUCCGGGCUCCUACGGCGCGGGCGCCCCACACCGACCGGGCCGUGGAAGGCGCUCUGGGGGCGCUGAGGGAGACGACGGCCAGCGCGGAGCCCUGCACGUACCGCGGGCUGAAACACAAACUGGAAUGGCCGGAGACCCCACCCUGCUGCGCUCGGGGCGCCGCACAGCUGGACGGCCACAGCCCCCGCCACCGCCUGCAGGCGCGGGGCUCCGGCCACGCCUGCGGGGCCGCGACGACCACAGAAGGCGGCGAGGCGGGCGGAGGAGUAUGGCCCGGCCCAGCGCGGCGCUGCCUUCCCUACUGCUGCGGCUCGGCUGCCUGGCCCUGGUGGCGGGCUGCGCUGCGGGAGGUGGGGCUGUACUCAGGGAGCUGCCUGGGCUAGCUGACACCCAUGACUACCAACGCCAGGCACCUACCCGCUCCUCAGACCUGGGUGGCAGCCCCCAGAGACAGUGGCAACCCUUGGAAGAACGGCUGAGGCAGCUGGAGGCUGAGGUGACCAUGCUCAGAGAGCAGAACAAGGACCUGUGGGCCCAGGUGAGGCAGCUGGAGUCCUGUGAAUGCCGCCCCACCUCUGCCCAGUGCUGGGGGCUGGAGCGCGCCUGGCCUGAGGGUGCUCGCUGGGAGCUAGACGCCUGUACCUCCUGCAUCUGCCAGAAUGGGGUGGCACGCUGUGGCCCUCAGCCUGACCUGCCUCACUGCCAGGGCUGCAGCCACAAUGGCCAAGUCUAUGGCAAUGGAGAGACCUUCUCCCCAGACACCUGCACUACCUGCCACUGCCUGGAAGGGACUGUUACCUGCACCCAGAAGCCAUGCCUAGGAGCACCCUGCCCUGAGCCCGGAGCAUGCUGCCCGCACUGUGAGCCAGGCUGUGAGUAUGAGGGGCAGCUUUACGAAGAGGGAGCCAGUUUCCUGUCCAUCUCCAACCCUUGUCUCCAAUGUUCCUGCCUGAGGAGCCUGGUUCGCUGUGUGCCUAUGAAGUGCCCAUCCAGUCCCUGCCCUGAGCCAGUUCUGAGACCUGGGCACUGCUGCCCAGCCUGCCAAGGCUGCACAGAAGGUGGUGUUCACAGGCACCAUGGCCAAGAGUGGACGGCCCCCGGGGACCCCUGCCAGAUCUGCCGAUGCCUGGAGGGCCACAUCCAGUGCCGCCAGCGAGAAUGUGCCAGCCUUUGCCCCUACCCUGCCCGGCCCCUACCAGGCACCUGCUGCCCGGUAUGCGAUGGCUGUUUCCUAAAUGGACGGGAGCACCGCAGCGGGGAGCCCGUGGCCUCCAGAGAUCCCUGCUCUCGCUGCCGCUGUGCUAACGGGAGCAUCCAGUGUGAGCCUCUGCCCUGCCCACCUGUGCCCUGCAGACACCCAGGCAGGAUCUCUGGGCAGUGCUGCCCAGUCUGUGAUGGCUGCGAGUACCAGGGACACCAGUAUCAGAGCCAGGAGACCUUCAGUCUCCAGGAGAGUGGCCGCUGUGUCCGCUGCUCCUGCCAGGCUGGCGAGGUCUCCUGUGAGGAGCAAGAGUGCCCAGUUGCCCCCUGUGCCCUAUCUGGCUCUGGCCUGAGGCUCUGCCCAGCCUGUGUGCUCCAUGGAGAGGAGUUUCCUGAAGGGGUCCAGUGGGAGCCCGAUGGUCAGCCCUGUACUGCCUGCUCCUGCCAAGAGGGUGUGCCAGUCUGUGGGCCUGUGCUCUGCUCUCCACCCCCCUGCCAGCACCCCACCCGGGAACCCGGUGCCUGCUGCCCCCACUGUGAGAGCUGCACCUACCAUGGCCACGUGUAUACCAAUGGGCAGAACUUCACAGACACGGGCAACCCUUGCCAAACCUGCCGCUGUGAGGAAGGGACUGUGAAGUGUUCUGUGAUCGACUGCCCUCCUACCACCUGUGCCAGGCCGCAGAGUCGAGCUGGCCAGUGCUGUCCCCGGUGUCCAGACUGUAUCCUGGAGAAACAGAUGUUUAUGGAUGGCCAGCACUUUCCCCACCCUGGAGACCCCUGCCAAGAAUGCCACUGUCGGGAAGGCCAGGCCGGCUGCCAGCCUCGCGCCUGCCCCCGGGCUCCCUGUUCUCACCCACUACCCGGGACCUGCUGCCAGAGUGACUGCAGUGGCUGCGCCUAUGGUGGGAAAGAGUACCCCAGCGGAGCUGACUUCCCCCACCCCUCGGACGCCUGCCGCCUGUGUCACUGUCUGAGCGGCAACGUGCAGUGCCUGGCCCGCCGCUGCCCGCCGCUGUCCUGCCCCGAGCCGGUACUGCCCCCCGGAGGCUGCUGCCCGCAGUGCCCGGCCGCCCCCGCCCCCGCCCCCGCCGGCUGCCCGCGGUCUGGAGGCGCCCUCUCCGCCCGCCACCAGGAGUCCUUCUCCCCUCCCGGCGACCCCUGCAGCCGCUGUCUCUGCCUCGACGGCUCGGUGUCCUGUCAGCGGCUGCCCUGCGCGCCCGCACCAUGCGCCCACCCGCGCCGAGGGCGCUGCUGCCGCGUCUGCGACGGCUGCCUGUACCAGGGAAAAGAGUUCUCCAGCGGGGAGCGCUUCCCGUCGCCCAGCGCCGCGUGCCAAGAGUGCCUCUGCUGGGAGGGCAGUGUCACCUGCGAGCCCAGGGCAUGUGCCACUGCGCAGUGCCCCUUCCCUGUCAGGGGCAGCUGCUGCCCAACCUGUGAUGGCUGUGAAUACCUGGGUGAGUCCUACCUGAGCAGCCAGGACUUCCCGGAUCCCCAAGAACCCUGUAACGUGUGCACUUGCCUUGGAGGUUUCGUGACCUGCAGCCGCCGUCCCUGUGAGCCUCCAGGCUGCAGUCAUGCCCUCACACCACCAGGGCACUGCUGCCCAAUCUGCCAGGGAUGCUUCUACCAUGGGGUCACCGCUGCUCCUGGAGAGACCCUUCCUGACCCACUUGACCCCACCUGCUCCCUCUGCACCUGUCAGGAAGGCUCCAUGCACUGCCAGAGGAGACCGUGCCCCCCAGCUCCCUGCCCACACCCCUCACUGGGACCAUGCUUCUGCCCUGUUUGCCGCAGCUGCCGUGCUCAUGGGAAGGAGCACCCUGAAGGGAGUAGCUGGAUGCUCCCUGACAACCCUUGCUCCUCCUGCAUGUGUCACGAGGGCAUUGUCACCUGUGCCCACAUCCAGUGUGUCAGCUCCUGUGCCCAGCCUCACCAGGGGCCCCAUGACUGCUGUCCUCGAUGCUCUGGCUGUGAGCGUGAGGGCCGGAACUAUGAGGCUGGUGAAAGCUUCCAGCCCGGGUCAGACCCCUGUGAAGUGUGCAUCUGUGAGCCACAGCCUGAGGGGCCUCCCAGCCUUCGCUGUCAUCGGCGACAGUGUCCUAGCCUGGUGGGCUGCCCUCCCAGCCAACUCCUGCCCCCUGGGCCCCAACACUGCUGUCCUACUUGUGCCCAGGCGCUGAGCAACUGCACAGAGGGCCUCCAGGGGUCUGAGAUGGCCCCACUAGACCCCUGCUACACCUGCCAGUGCCAGGACCUGACCUGGCUCUGCAUUCACCACACCUGUCCUGAGCUCAGCUGUCCCCCCUUGGAGCGCCACAUACCACCUGGGAGCUGUUGCCCUGUGUGCCAGGAAUGUGUGGUGGAGGCUGGGGGCCGGAGAGUGGCAGAUGGAGAGAGCUGGCGGGACCCCAGCAAUGCCUGUAUUGCCUGUACCUGCCAGCGGGGCCAUGUGGAGUGUCACUUGGAGGAGUGCCAGCCCCUUUCUUGCCCCCACGGAUGGGUGAAGGUGUCCGAGGGUGGCAACUGCUGUGAGAGAUGCCAAGCCUCUGCCCAGCCAUGUGAGCACCUGGGCCGUCAGGUGGCCUCCGGGGAGCACUGGUCUGUAGAUGCCUGCACUAGCUGCUCCUGUGUGGCUGGCACCGUGCACUGCCACAGCCAACGCUGCCCACCACUGUCAUGCAGAUCGAACGAGGCCCCUGCCCUGAGUCCCGGUAGCUGCUGUCCCCGCUGCCUGCCCCGGCCGGCUUCCUGCAUGGCCUUUGGAGACCCGCAUUACCGCACCUUCGAUGGCCGCCUGCUGCACUUCCAGGGCAGCUGCAGCUACGUGUUGGUCAAGGACUGCCAUGGCGGUGACUUCAGUGUGCAGGUCACCAAUGAUGGCCGAGGCCGGAGCAAUGUGGCCUGGACCCAGGAGGUGGCAGUGCUGUUGGGAGAUGUGGUGGUGCAGCUGCUGCAGGGCAGGACCGUCAUGGUGGACGGGCACCUAGUGGCCUUGCCCUUCCUAUGGGAGCCACUGCUUUACGUGGAGCUGCAAGGACAAACUGUGUUCUUGCAUACCCGGCCUGGGCUUCAGGUGCUGUGGGAUGGGCAGUCCCAGGUGGAGGUGAGGGUACCUGGCUCCUACCGGGGCCAGACCUGUGGGCUCUGCGGGAACUUCAAUGGCUUUGCCCAGGAUGAUCUGCAGGGUCCUGAUGGGCUGCUCCUGCCCACAGAAGCUGCAUUUGGGAACAGCUGGCAGGUCUCAGACGGGCCGGGGCCUGGCCAGCCCUGCUCUGCAGGCCAAAAAGUGGAUCCAUGCCGGGCAGCAGGGUACCGUGCCAGGCGUGAGGCCAAUGCUCGGUGUGGGCUGCUGAAGUCCUCCUCAUUCAGCCGCUGCCAUGCUGUGGUCCCACCAGAGCCCUUCUUUGCUGCCUGUGUAUAUGACCUGUGUGCUUGUGGCCCUGGCCCUUCGGCUGAUGCCUGCCUCUGUGAUGUCCUGGAGGCCUAUGCCAGCCUCUGUCGCCAGGCAGGCAUGACACCUGUCUGGAGGGGGCCUACUCUAUGUGUGAUGAGUUGUCCCCUGGACCGUGGCUUUGUGUUUGAUGAAUGUGGCCCACCCUGUCCCCGCACAUGCUUCAACCAGCACAUCCCGCUGGGGGAGCUGGCAGCCCACUGUGUGCGGCCCUGUGUCCCCAGCUGCCAGUGCCCAGCAGGCCUGGUGGAGCAUGAAGCCCACUGUAUCCCCCCUCAUGCCUGCCCCCCAGUCCUGCUCACGGGACCCCAGCCCCAGCCAGGAGCAGCCCCUGGCUCCACCCUGAGCCAAGAGAUCUGUAUAGGGGUCAGCCUGGCAUCGGUGCAGCUCAGGCUCUGGUGGCAGAGGCAGAGGGAGGGAGGGGACAUUGCCAUGAUGGCGCAGGCAGCUACUCCUGGGAGCCCAGAGCUCCCUUGUAGCCUGGAGCAGGCCUUGGCCCUGUACCAGCUCCUCUUCCAACGCCCUGCAGCCCUGGGCCAGCUCCGUACUGCACUGCAGCAGGCACAAGAGGGCCAGGACUACCCCCUAGGGCUGGCACUGCCCACUGUGCUGCUGGAGAUGGAGUGGAGCCAGCGGGCCAAGGAGCAGCUUCUCUGGGACCUGGAGCUGCUGACUGGGGCAGGCCUGGGCCUCUUCUGGCCCCCCUGGGCCCAUUUCUGGCGUCAGAGGCAGCAGGCUUACCAUGCACGGAGCCAGCACAGCCCGCCCCUUGGUUACUUACAGGACAUGACUCCUAUCACCAGCAGGUCCUUUGAGGAGCCAGAAAUUUCAGUGUUCAAGGUGAAAGGGUCAAAGGGACCUGGGCAAGGCCUCUCUCAGGUUGGAGACAACUCCGGUAAAAUGGCCUCAGCAAAUUCAGAAAGGAGGCAAGGACCAGGCACUGGAGUGUCCCAUCCCCCUGAGGAAAGGUGCUUACGGGAACUGGGAAUAAGCCUGUACCCAAGGUGCUCUCUCCCUUUCCAGGACCUGGCCCAGAGGGGAGAGAGAAGCCAAGUAGAGCCUCAGAUCCAACAACCCCAUUCACUGAUACCCAGGAGCCCAGAGGAAAGCAAGCUCAGUCAAGAAGCCCCAAGGCCCUCUGGUCUGGCUUCCCAGGGCCUCCUAGCACCCCAAGAUCCAACCAAGGGUUUGGGUUUGGUCCUGGACAGAGAGCGAUCAGAGCCUCAAAAAUUGCUUUUGUUGAACCUUCCUCAGAGGCUGAGAGAGGCAGUCCCUAUGGGUCAGAAAGGGCAGGGGUCCCAAGAGGAGAACAAAGAAAUCCCGCUGGGUCAGGGAGAAAAACCACCUGAAAGUCAGAGAGAAGAGGCAUCCCAGGGAGAGAACCCAGAGGCUGCUCAGAGUCCAACAGAAAAUAGUCCAGAGUGUUGGCAGCUAGAGGAGGCUCCUCGACCUCAGGAAAUGAAAACCUGGCAGGCUUGGGAAGGCCACAUCUCACCAGCCUGGGAGAGGGCUCUGGGGGAAGCAACUGCCCAGCGCGUGGAGGACGACCCCCUGGGCCGGUGGAGAGACUUCCCUAGGUCUCUGGGAAAACAAAACCCCCAGAGUUUGGAAAGGGGAAACCCAGGCCUUCGGGGAAAGGACACUCAGAGGACGGAGGGCAAGACUGAGGGCCUGAGUCAGGAGUCCGCUAGGCCAACGCUGGGGGCCUUCCGGGAGGAAGCUUGGGCACCUCUUCCCGGCCCAGAGGUGGGGAUGCCGGCAACACGGAGCACUAAGGGCUUUGGGCAGCCCAAGCUUCCUCCAUCUGUGCCGAGAGGGGGUCGCGGCCCAGCGCAUCCGGCAGUGGGCGCCCCGAAUUUCCCGGGCACGCUUGGGGAGCGAAGAGGCAGUGCUGGGGGCGCCCCUGCCUCGAAGGCCCAGUGGCCCGCGUUCCCGGGCGUGAGCGCGGCUCAGCUGGAUUCAGCUCUGCGGCGGCUGCUGGAGCUGCACGGCGCGGCCCGGAGACGGCAGCGGAGGGACCGAGAGCAGCAGCGGCUCCGGGUGCUGGAGCGACUCCGUAUCGCCGGGAACCGCCACUGCCGGGUCCACCCGCUGGCUAUGCCUACCAGCCCUGCACAGCUCCAGACUCAGGAGGACACCGCGGGGUGGCAGCAUGCGCUGCGGGAGCAGUUGGACCAAGUGCACCGGGAGAGGACCGGGCGGCUGCGGGCCCUUGGGGCCAGGAACACCCAAAAUUUCCAGGAGCUGCUGUGGCCCCCAGGCUCUAAGGACCCUGUGACUGGAGAAUAGCCGCCAACUU